AUGCACCAACAAGACCGAGACGCUCACCGUGGGCGGCUAAUCGCCACGGUCGCUGCAACCGUCAUCUCCCUGGCUUGCGGCACAAAUUAUGUCUAUUCCGCAUGGGCGCCCCAGUUCGCCGAGAGGCUUCGGCUCUCGACCACCGAGAGCAACUUGAUCGGCCUCUUCGGCAACCUAGGCAUGUACACGCUCGGCAUCCCCAUCGGCAUGUUUGUGGAUGAGCGUGGAUCGAGGCCUGCUGUUCUCGCCGGCGCCUUUCUCCUGGCCAUUGGCUAUGCCCCCCUCUGCAUCUCCUUUGAGAAAGCCGCGGGCUCGGUCCCUGUGCUCUGCUUCUUCUCCUACCUGACCGGCCUGGGCGGCUGCAUGGCCUUUGCAGGUGCUGUCAAGACAUCUGCGCUCAACUGGCCGACACAUCGAGGCACGGCUACGGCAUUUCCUUUGGCGGCUUUCGGACUCAGCGCCUUCUUCUUCUCCUUCGUCGGAGCCGUCUUCUUCCCGGGGAGCACCAGCUCCUUUCUGAUGCUGCUGGCAUGGGGCGCCUUUGGUCUUACUUUCUCGGGCUACUUCUUCUUGAAGGUAUUCCCUCGUGUUUCCUACCAGGAGGUGCCCAGCGAGGCGUCGGAGUCACAACCGCCUGCUCGACAGAGGGCGCGCAGCAUGACCGAACCCGGUACGUCAUCCAACCCCGAUGCCGUAAAUCCAAGUCCAGGCACAUCCUCCCGGGCCUCUCCCGCAUCCGACGCCAGUCGCGCCGCCAUCUCCAGUGACACCGAAGAUGGUGAUGAUGCCCUGCUUCAUGAGACAUUGCCCUUGAUACCCGAUGUUGUCACCGCCGACAUAAUUGGGGGCGCUAGUGUUGAUCAAGACGUGUCUCAUCGAGUAGAUAUACGAGGAUGGAAGCUGUUGUUCUGCCUGGACUUUUGGCAGCUAUUCGCCAUCAUGGCCAUCCUCGCUGGAACUGGCCUCAUGACUAUCAAUAAUAUUGGAAAUGAUGCCAACGCUCUUUGGAGACAUUAUAACCCCUCGGUCGAUGAGCCGUUUCUGGUCAGCCAUCAGCAAAUCCACGUGUCCAUUCUCUCUGUCUUCAACUUCGUAGGACGACUGCUGAGCGGCAUUGGUUCGGAUUAUCUGGUAAAAAGUCUCCAUGCCAGCCGCAUCUGGUGCCUCGCCGUCGCUUGUGGCAUCUUUCUUCUGGCUCAAGUUUGCGCUCUGCAGAUUGAGAUGCCUCAAAAACUGGUGUUCGUUUCGGGCCUUUCCGGCUUGGCGUAUGGCGGCCUGUUCGGCGUCUUCCCCUCCAUCGUGGCGGAGACGUUUGGCAUUCGCGGGCUGAGCCAGAACUGGGGAUUCAUGAUGCUGGCGCCCGUUGCCUCUGGAAACGUGUUCAACCUGCUGUAUGGAAGGAUCUACGAUCACCACAGCGUCGUCGAGCCUGAUGGCACGAGAUCCUGCGACGACGGCAUCGCAUGUUACCGUACGGCUUAUGCGGUUACCUCGACCGCGUGCGCUCUUGGAUUGUUCAUCACCUUGUACAUCAUUCACUACCAGAGGGUUCGGUAUCUGAAAGCAAAGGACAAGUUAGAGGAGGAAGACUAA